GCAUCCACCUGGGUUGAUGAUAUGGGAGCAGAAGCCGGAAUAUAAUAAAAGAUAGGAUCAAGGAAGGAGAGAGGGGUAACUGUGGCGAUCCCGAGUUACCAGCAUCAAGUGCAGCAAGUCGUUAGACUGGCGGGAGCUGGCGGUGGAGACAAGAGUCCGGGCAAGAAUUUAGAAUGACUUUUGUGUGGAGCGCUCGCCUGCGCUUCAGCCGGCUGGUCCUGCUCAACUUUCUCCUGCACAGUGGCCGCAGCGCCGCGAACGAAGUUGUUUUGUUGGAUUCUAAGGAGUCACAAGCUGAACUGGGAUGGACUGCUCACCCAUCUGAUGGUUGGGAAGAGAUCAGUGGCGUAGACGAAAACUAUAAACCAAUUCGCACUUAUCAAGUCUGUAACGUCAUGUCUUCCAAUCAAAACAACUGGCUUCAGACGGGAUGGAUUACACGGCGGAAUGGACAGAGAAUCUUCAUUGAACUGAAGUUCACUUUGAGAGACUGCAACAGCAUCCCAGGCGUGGUUGGGACAUGCAAAGAGACCUUCAACCUCUACUAUAUUGAGUCAGACAAGGACAUUGGCAGAAACAUUAUGGAGACCAAGUACGUGAAAAUUGACACCAUAGCCGCAGAUGAGAGCUUCACACAAGGAGACCUCGGUGAACGCAAAAUGAAACUUAAUACCGAGGUUCGAGAGAUUGAGCACCUUGUUAGGAAAGGAUUUCAUCUCGGGUUCCAGGAUGUGGGAGCUUGUGUGGCCCUUGUUUCAGUAAGAGUCUAUUACAAAACCUGUCUCUCCACAGUGCAAAGUUUGGCCGUCUUCCCAGACACCGUGGCAGAAGCUGCCUUUUCGACCCUGGUUGAAGUGCGAGGAUCAUGUAUCAAUGACUCUGAAGCGGAAAUGGAUAACCCUCCAAGGAUGCACUGCAGUGCAGAAGGCGACUGGCUGGUACCGAUUGGGAAAUGUACUUGCAGUGCUGGGUAUCAGGAGAAAGCUGGCAGGUGUGAAGCAUGCCCACCAGGGUCCUAUAAGUCGUCCGUUCAAGAAACUGAAUGCUCCUGGUGUCCUGAGCAUAGCUACACUGAAGAAGCAGGAUCAGUCCAGUGUUACUGUAAGGCAGACUACUACAAGCUGACCUCGGACCCUGCAGCGGCUCCUUGCACGAAGCCUCCUUCUGCUCCCCGAGCCCUGGGUUACAGCACGAGACAGUCAGCAGUGCGCCUGGACUGGAACCCCCCUGAGGACAGUGGGGGUCGGACGGACAUUACCUACAACGUUCUGUGCAGUGUGUGUGCAAUGACACCACAGUCUUGUGAGCCAUGUGGCGGCCGAGUUGGGUACGUACCCCAGCAGCUGGGGUUGGCUGACACUACUGUCACUGUGGUUAACCUGAUGCCCUACGUCAACUACACCUUCAGAAUAGAAGCUGUGAACGGAGUGUCCAGCCUGAGCCUGUCUCCACGGCGAUACGUGGAGAUGACUCUCAUCCUCAGCCAAGGAGGGAACUUACACGUGGCUGAUAUCAGGGCAGAGCACAUCGAGCAGAAGAGCAUCAGCUUGGCGUGGCAGGAAUCAGACUACCCCAGCAGCAAUGGCACGGAGUACGAGAUCAAGUUUUACGAAAAGGAGCAAAGUGAUCAGAGUUACUCAACUGUGAAAACUUCCUCAACAACUGUGACCAUUAACAACCUGAAGCCUGGAACUCUCUACGUAUUCCAAGUCCGAGCUUCCUCAACCACGAACUAUGGGAACUACAGCCCCAGUAUUGAGGUGCAGACAUUAGGGGAGCUCGCCAUGGUAUCCAGUGAGCAAAAUCCAGUGAUUGUCAUUGCUGUGGUUUCGGUGGCUGGCCUGAUCGUUCUCUUCUCAAUGGUCUUUGGAUUCAUCAUUUGGAGAAGGCAUUGUGGGUACAGCAAGGCCAGUCAAGAUGGAGAUGAAGAGCUUUAUUUCCACUUUAAGAUCCCAAGUCGAAGAACCUACAUUGAUCCAGACACCUAUGAAGACCCUGUCCAAGCAGUGCAUCUUUUUGCCAAAGAACUGGACCUUUCCUGUAUCAAAAUUGAGAGAGUUAUUGGAGGAGGGGAAUUUGGGGAAGUUUGCAAAGGGUGCCUUAAACUCCCCAGUAAAAGGGAGCUCCCAGUGGCCAUCAAGACACUGAAAGUUGGGUGCUCCGAAAAGCAAAAGCGUACCUUCCUGACAGAAGCAAGUAUAAUGGGACAAUUUGACCAUUCAAACGUUAUCCGUCUCGAAGGAGUCAUUACAAGAGGUAAACCCAUGAUGAUUGUAAUUGAAUACAUGGGAAACGCAGUGUUGGAUUCCUUCCUGAGGAAACACGAAGGCCAGUUCACAGUUAUUCAGCUGAUCGGGAUGCUGUGUGGAAUAGCUUCUGGCAUGAAGUACCUCUCCGAGAUGGGCUACAUUCACAAAAUGUUGGCAGCGCACAAAAUCCUGGUCAACAGCAACCUGGUGUGUAAAGUGUCCGGCUUCAGACCAGCACACGAAGAGAAAGUGGACUCUGUGUUCACCACCAUGGGUGGGAAGACGUUAGUCCUAUGGGGAGCUCCAGAAGCUAUCCAAUACCACAGAUACAGCCCAGCAAGCGAUGUGUGGAGCUUUGGGAUUGUUAUGUGGGAGGUGAUGUCCUAUGGAGAACGACCUUACUGGGACAUGUCCAAUCAAGAUGUGAUCAAAGCAGUGGAGGAAGGGUUCCGCCUCUCUGCGCCAAUGAACUGCCCAUCUCGGCUGCACCAGCUCAUGCUGGAGUGUUGGCAGAAGGAUCGCAAUGACAGGCCCAAAUUUGCACAGAUCGUCAGCAUCCUAAACAAGAUGGGGCGCAAUCCUGACACCCUGAAAAACAUCCCAAAUGGCUGCGUCAGCAGACCUCAAAACCUGCAUAUUCCUCUCAUGGACCAGAACUUUGCUACAUUCCCGUGCUUUGACUCGGUGGGAGAGUGGCUGGAAGCCAUUGAGAUGAGCAGGUAUAAAGACAACUUCACCGCUGCAGGAUACUGUUACCUGGAGUCCGUCGCAAGAAUGACAGUGCAGGAUGUAAUGAGCCUGGGGAUUACAUGCGUUGAACAUCAGAAACAAAUCCUGAGCAGCAUUCAGACUCUACGAGCACAGGUUAUACAAAUGCAUGGCCGGGGUGUUCAGGUUUGACAAAGGCAUCCAGCUGGAUCUUCCCUGCGAGUUAUAUUCGUGACGAGAUGUCGACAAAAACUGCUUGGUUGAAAGCAGUGUGUUUGCAAAAUGAGGCCUGUGUGUGGGAUGGCCGGUGAAGAGGACCAGAGGGCCAGUCUUUAUUAUAAUAUUUUUUUAAAAAAGGUGAUUUCAGCAAGGGGCUUUUCCGAAUGGGUUGUUAGUACAACUGGAUACAUGGCAUUCCUAUAACUCAGAUAAAAUAGGAAAAGUACAGGAGGCAGGCAAGAGUGCUGGGUUACCUUUCUUUUGUAUUGGCUCGGUUUUUGUUUGGUCAUUUUGUGGUUCAGUAAACAUUGCUCGCUAUGAUAGGCGGGAGACUCGGUGUCAACAGACUGUGAACUAGAGACAUAAGCUUGGACUUGAGAUUUUGUUUGAGCCUUUUGUUUGGCAUUCUUUGAAUGUCCAGGAUUAUGUUACAUAAUCACCUAUGGAAAUAUCUUCAGUCAUUUAUCUCUCAAGUGCCCGACCAUCCUUAAGCCCGACAAGUGCAUUGUGGGAUUUAACUUCUGGUCAAGUCUUUACACCUUGUCACAACAGGAGUUUGGACAACCACUGGCAACCUGAAGGUUUAACUGGGUCAUUUGUGCAUGUGCCUGAAUUGGACCAUUUUCACUGGAUUGGAUAAUUUAACAUUUUGGUCACAGCCUAUAGGUCAUUAAGCAAUAAACCUUAUGACCUUCAAUGCAGGAAAAUCCGAAUGUUAUACAGCAUUCAGAAUGUGGAAAUAUACCUCAUAUCUCCUGUUUCUAAAACAAUGACUCAAGGAAAAAAAUCAAAUAGAAAAUCUAAUACUUUUAGAAAGAUGAAGAGGAAGUAUUUCAUCUUUCCCCUUUUCUUUUUACCGACACUCCUCUGACACAAAACCUGGGCCUAUCCUAAGAGUUUAGCGUAUAUUACAUGAACUAGUCGAGCCUACAUUAGGAGUACUGAACAUUAAUGUCAUUCAGGCUCUGUUCAGUGGCAAUUUUUGAGCCCCUUCGCAUUAAGCCUCAUGAUACACUGUUGAUAAACAGCAACACCACUCCAAAGGUGACUGGGAUGGGCAGAGCCAAUAGCAUAAAGGAAUAAAAAAGUGUUAUUAAACAUAAAAGCAUUGCUCCAUAUAUUUAAUGGAAACAGAAAGCAUUUGCCCCAAGGAGGAAGAAUUAAUAAAUUAUUUUAAUUACAUUUUAGAUUUAUGCUAAUUGCAUACUUAAACAAUCCAUGGUUUUGCUUUACCACUGGUAUCACACUUUACUAGUGGAAACAUAUUUGCCAGUUCUCCAUUACAAUGCUCGGAUAUUCUGGCAAUUAAGAUCUGCUUUCAUUUUCACCACAGCCAUCUUCUCUGCUUCCUAAUGAUUUGCUGCUUUGCCUCGCACAAGACCGACUGAAGACACCAAUGUGAAACAGAGUUGACAGGAAGUUACUCCCGUUGAUACUGAAUCUGAAUCAGAAUUUUCUUUUAGUUGGUCUUUUGCCAAAAAGUUUUAAAGUGUCUGAUUGGUCUGACUUGCUGAAUUCCACUAGCACUUUGUGUGCGUGCUGGUUUGAGAUACCAGUUUCAUUUCCACUCUUGAUCCUAUUGUUACCCUGGCCUGAACCUCACUAAUUGUAGCUGGAUCAGUUUAACAUGUGAGGGUACCUCAUGCAGGAAAAACACCAAUUAAAAAUGCUUAAUAUUAUUAGUUGUUCCUGAGAGACUUGAUCAUUCACUGGGCAAAUACAAAUUCAUUAAAAUAAUUAAUCGGUAAGAAGUGCAACCAUUGAUAAGAUUUACUGACCAGCUGAUGAGUAUUAGAAAGCUUUGCACAUUAGUUCUGUUCUUAAUGUUUCCAGAAUAGUUUAUUUUAUUUGUGUAAUAAUAUAAAUCACAUUCUAUGGCUGUAUAACAUGAAUCACAAGGCCAGUGUAAUAACUUGAUCUAAGUUCUCAAUUGGUUUAAGAAGGAUAGUAUUUUACAUGUUUUAGAAAGCUGGUCAACCUAGGCAAAGCAAGUCAUAUGGAAGUUGUGUUUCACAGUGAAUCGCUCCAGCAGGGAUGAAAAGAUCUGACCAUUGCUAAGUGAGAGCAUAGACUCGUAUUGCAUUGGUUUAAUUAAAAAAAAGAUUGGAAUUGGAGUGAUCUCCAGUAUUAUGGUAACAGUCUGUAUCUUGACUGAGAGUAGCAACAAGUUUCAUCUUCCUUUGUUUAAUUGUCCGAGAGUUGGAGAUUCUAUUCCAAUUAGGCUCAAAGUGAAAAUCUAUUAUAUGGUGCACAAUACUGCCUAUUAUCUAUUGAUCAUCAAAUUAUACUAAUAUUAUAUGCAUUUAUAUUGCAGAUUUUCUGAAUAUCAAAUGUUAAUAUAGCACAAAGAUCCUCUUCCUAACCUGUUCCCUUUUCUGUUGUGAAUGUACAUUACUAAGAAAAUGUUUAGAGGAGUUCUCAGUAUAAGUAGCAGUUGUGGGCAGUGUUACACUAAUCCCAUUUUAUAGUGAUUAGAACAAGGAUAGCUAAUAGCUUUCUUUCCAUGUGAAAGCGGUGAUUUAUCAAAACUAAAGAGCUCUGCGGGUGGAGAGUAGCACUUUUUAAUUAUUGAUGGUGCUUGCUUUGGAUUAUUAUAUCUUGAUGUAUGCUGAUGGUGGACAUUAAGUGACUUGAAAGCUUCUGAUUCUCUACCCACUCUUACCCAAUACACCUCCACCCAGCAACAUCUGCAAUUUUCACCAGAUUUGUCUUCGUGCCUUCUCAGCCUUUUUAUCAAUUCAAGAGAAAUACUUUUUCCUCAGCUGCCCAAGUACCCAAUCAGAUACGGUGAAAAUUCCUGCUCCUUCUUGCUGUUAAUUGGUCCUAUGAUUCGUUUUGUCCCUCACUGUCAAAUUACGCUGGAUUUCCAUGUGGGUCUGGACGGCCUACAAGAUGGUGGAAAGUAAAGGCUCCUGUAACACUUUAUCUCACCGAUUAUCAUUUCAGAUUGUUGCAUGCAACAAGACCAGUAAUCUCUGUGAAACUUGACCAGAAUUUAGAGGGUGCUGUUGGUUCUAGCAAGGAGUUAGCUGACUUGGCACACUCCUAUUAUGGUUGCUAAGCACACAGGGUAUAUGACUGAAAGAAAAAAGUAUGUUUUCUAAGGGGAGUUUUCUAAAAGAAUUGUGAUGCCUUGGAAUACAAUACCAUUCAACUUUUGUUUAAAAGCUGAACCAAAUUGAUUGCCACAGCAUCUGCAUAUUAACCCUUUGCUUCCUGAGCUGUCAUUAGAACUGCAUGAACAAUUGGUUUGUUAACCUCUUCUCAGGUUAAACAGGUCUGGGCUCCUAUAUCCAGUGUCAAAGAGGUAAUGAUUAGGCAGUAGUGAUUAGGUGUCACCGUGGUUACUUUACAUAUGCCUGUGAGUGCAGUCUUUAUAUUGUCAUAAAUGGGAUAUAAUGUUUUAUUUCAUAUCUUAGCAGUGUACAGCAGUCCACUUCAAAGCUAACCGAUUAAAUAUAUUUACACUUGCAGCCAAUUUGAGCAGCAAAGUCCCACAAAUGUAAUGACUGACCAGUUGAAGGAUAACUGGUCAGACAUCGACCUUUACAUUCACUGCUGAUAUUCUAGGUCUGUCCAAAUGGGUAGCAGUAAAGAUACUCUGUUAAUGUCCCCAGAAGAUGAUAUCUCUAUGUGGUGUAGCUUUCUCUCGUUCGGCAAAUGAAAUGGAAAGACUAGAUUAAGUACCCAAUGCUACACCUCCUCCUUUACCUCCAUUCAGGGGCCCAAGCAGUCCUUCCACGUAAGGUGAAUCAUUUGGGGUUGUCUAUAGUAGCUGGUGUUCCCAAUGUGACCUGACAUAGGCUGUGGGACUGCUUUGUCGAGCACCUCCGCUCCAUCCACCAAAAGCGGGAAUUUCCCAGUGGCCAACCAUUUUAACUUCCAUCCCCCAUUCCCAUUCCGACACGUCAGUCCCUGGCCUCCACUUUUGCCGUGAUGAGGCCACACUCAGGAUGUUGGAGCAACACUUCAUAUUCCGUCUAGGCAACCUCCAACCAAGCGAAAUGCAUUUUCCUCUCUCCUUUUCUUUUAGCAUUUCAUCAGAACCAUACCUUUUGUAAACCCCUGGUCCUCUCGUCCAUUCCCAUCAACCAUCUCCUUUUUUUAUGUCACUUCCCUUGCAACCUCUCACUGCUUGUCUUUUCACCCCUUUUCUCCCACCAGACAGGUGCCCAGACUGACUUUCCAGGUGAAGCAGAGAUCCACUUACACUCCAUCCAGUCUGGAGCAAUCCCAACUCAUCCCUCACAAUGCCGUCUGCUCUGCAUUGGAGAAACCAAAUCCAGAUGGGGGAGACUUGCACUCACCUCACGAGAAUGACUCUGAGCUCCCCACGUCAAUAAUUCCCCCAUCCACACCCACCCUGACUUAUUCGUCUGUGGCCUCCAACAUUGUUAUGGUAAGGAGUGGACCUUAGCUUCUGCCUGGGCACAUUACAUUCCCCUGGACUUAACGUUCAAUUCUGACUUGCUUUUUUUUCUGUUUGUAAGAAUCAUCCAUCAGUGGUACUACUUCAGCUUGAUUGCUUUGUUUUCCCUUGGGAUUGGACAUGAUGCCCAGCCUGACCUGACCAGCCUGUCUUCCUGCUCUGCAUGUUCUAGCUUUGUUCAGGUUCUUCUGUCCAUCUUCUUGCUUUCCUUUUGCUCCCAUUUGCUCUCUGACCAAAUAAUCUUGUUUACAGCUUAUCCCCAUGGCUACCUUGAUUCUACCCUGUCAGAGGCAUGCCCAAACCCCACCUGAGGCUUAAAAAUAUUCUUCCCGGUCCCAGUCAUCUGGAAAUGUAAACCUUUAUUCUCACCAAUGCAGAAACCUGCUGAGUGCUUUCAGCAUCAGUUUUCACCAUUACUGAUAUUCCGCUUAUCCACACUUGGCAACUUCCAGCUAAGGUUCUGUCAACAUUGAGGGUGAAGGGAAGUAUACUGAGGAUCCGAGUGAAAGCACUGAGGGAAGUUCUGGAGGAACUCAGCAGAUCAGGCAGUAUCUGUGGAGGAAGAUUAACAGUUGAUGUUUCAGGUCGAGAUAUUGGUGAAACGAUUUGCGGCCAAGCAUUGUACAUCCAAACUCAUACCUUGCAUUCCCAAUCUAUCUAAAUUAACCAACCAGAGAAUAAUUUAAAUGUAGGUUAAAAAUUCUGCUUGCAGAUGAGAUCCAGGUAUUCAGUCUUUCUUUACAACACUUCUCAGGAUAUUCCUUUAGAAAAGAGAUGAGGAGGUAUUUCCUCAGCCAGAGGGUGGUAAAUUAUGGAAAUCAUUGCCAAAGACAGUUAUGGAAGUCCAGUCUUUCAUUAUACUUAAAGCAGAGGAUGAUAGUUUCUUAAUUAGUAAGGUUGUCAAAGGUUACACAGAGAUGGCAGGAGAAUGAGGCUGAGAAGGAAAAUACAUCGGCCAUGAUCAAAUAGCAGACAGAACCGAUGGGCUGAAUGGCCUCAUUCUGCUCCUGUGUUUUAUGGUCUGAAACAGCAUCUUCACUGUUUGACUUGGAAAGACUAGUUAUUUUCUAGGCACUGAUAUUUUGUUUACUAAACACAAAUCUGAGUUACAUUGUCAAACACAAACAGAGCACUGGCAUCUGCUUAAAUUGCCCAGAUGACUACACAGGACUACCGCGAGUUGGUCCAGUGCAGUCGCGGGAAGUGAUUGAUGACACAUGGGCAUCCCAGGCCAUGGCUUCAUCAAAGCAAAUUUCCAACUUUACAGCCAAGUGUUGUUCAGUUUGAGCAGUUCAUUCGUCUUUAUUAAUGGGACCUCACUUCUGGGGGCAGUUGCGUUUCCGAUGGCAGUGGGUUUCCCCCUGUGGCGACUCAGAAGCUUAUACACAGCACAAAGAUCUCCAAGGUUAUCACUGGAAAUAAUUAGCGCUCUGCAUAUGGGAUCAGUGACCCAUGUGACAUUUGCUACAUCCCACACAGAGAUUAAACUUUAUUUCAGCAGAGAAAUAACAUGCUGAUGCUGCAAAUCAGAUUGGUUCAGAUUCCCUUGUUUUUUUAAAAAAUAUUCAUUGCCUUUAUCUGAAACAAUGUAAUAUAUAUUUAAAAAUGCAAUAUAUUUUUCUAAUUUGAUGAUGGAUUAAAACAAAUAAAUUGUGGUGGAGUCAGUGGUAAAAAUAAUAUCUAGGUGGAGCUUGAGUAAUGACCUUGGGAAAAAUAUGAAGUGUGAGAUGUGUUAGUCUGAAAAUGUGCCAAGAGUUUGGAACAGUGAGGAGUGAGGGAGGCAGAGCUGGUAAUAAAAAUCAGACAUGAUAUUAGAGCAGUGAUUGCAGCUGAAACGAUGCAGGUCCAAUAUAUAAUAAAAACAGUGCACGAUGUGUGGAUUUUAAGUCUGUGUGAGUGCGUAUGUGGAAGUUCAUUGUUAAUUGUGUUUGUUUUGUAGCUAGAAUUGUUUUAACUCCGCAGUGAUCUCCUACCUGUGUAGGACAUGAGGAAUGAUUUCCUCUGUCCGUCCUCUACAACAUUUUUCACAUUCACUGCAGACGUGCCUCAAUCAAACCUUCUGCUCUGUAUUUAAUAAACAUAUUAUCAAGGGACUUAUUAACAAUAGGAUGAAAUUAUGUUAUUGCACAACUUUGUUCAUUCCUUCUCUAAGUUUUCAUUUUAUGCUAAUAAACAUGAGAGAUUCAAAGAUUGAGAAACAAACAUGUUCUUUUUCGAGGACCCAUCACCAGAACCCCUGGAUCAUGAAAUGUGCACUCCAUGGUAUCCCAGUGAAGUGCCAAGCUGCAUCCAGUAAAACCCUCCCUCAACUGAAUCGCAAUAAAUCUUAUGGAAAUAUUAGGAAGAAAUAUGAUCUCGCGAGUCGUCUAAAAACGGAAUCCUAUCAAAGCUUCUAUUCUCUGUAAGACAAAGGAACAGAGUACAGGGUUUAAAAAGGUUUGACGAUUCACAGUACUGAGAUUAAAUUUUACUCUUCUUGGGCAGAAGUUUACAGAAAAGGCCCCAGCUGAGCUCCCCACAGCCUUUAGGAGAAUGAUAAGGGACAUUUUGCUUUCAUUGAUAGUAACUUGGAUGUUGUAACAUUAUGUACAAUAACAGGUAGAACAAGGAAUAAGUUACGACUGACAGUGAGGUCUCACAUUUUUCAUGGCUGCGUUAGAACAGUUUCCAAAGGCAGAAUUUGGUGACAUUUCCAGUUUCCCAUCUUGUCUUCUAAUCAAUGAAAAACCUGUGAACUGUGUACGAAAAUGUCAUUUUUAAUUAUUCAAGUCAAUUAAUUGUGAAAAACUUGGUUCAGAAAUACCAUCGACCUGUGAUGUUAAAGUUGUU